UGUUCCAGGACCUGUGGAGGGGGCAUUCAGAAACGUGAAGUUCUCUGCAAGCAGCGCAUGGCUGAUGGCAGCUUUCUGGAGCUUCCUGAGACCUUCUGUUCAGCCUUGAAACUGGUCACCCAGCAAGCCUGCAAGAAAGAUGACUGCCCCAGUGAGUGGCUUCUCUCAGACUGGACAGAGUGUUCCACUAGCUGCGGAGAGGGCACCCAGACUCGGAGUGCCAUUUGCCGGAAGGUGCUGAAAACCGGGGUCUCAACUAUCGUCAAUUCCAGUCUGUGCCCACCCCUGCCUUUCUCGUCCUCCAUCAGACCCUGUAUGCUGGCACCCUGUGCAAGGCCGGGGCGGCCGUCCCCCAAGGCCAGCCCGCACAUCGCGGCGGCGCGGAAGGUGUACGUCCAGACGCGCAGGCAGAGGAGGCUGCACUUCGUGGUGGGCGGCUUCGCCUACCUGCUGCCCAAGACGGCCGUGGUGCUGCGCUGCCCCACGCGCCGGGUCCGCAAGCCGCUCAUCACCUGGGAGAAGGACGGCCAGCACCUGGUCAGCUCCGCGCACGUCACCGUGGCUCCGCUCGGCUACCUGAAGAUCCACCGCCUGCAGCCCUCGGAUGCGGGCAUCUACACCUGCUCGGCCGGGCCCGCCCGGGAGCAGUUCGUGAUUAAGCUCAUCGGGGCCAACAGCAAGCUGGUGGCCCGGCCCUUGAGCCUGCACGGCGACGACGAGGCCCUCCCGGGGAGGAAGGCCAGCCCGAAGGAGGCCCUGCAGACCCACAAACACCACAACGGCAUCUCCGCCAACGGCAGCAAGGCCGAGAAGCGGGGCCUCGCCGCCGACCCGGGGAGCCGCUACGACGACAUCGUCGCCCGGCUGCUGGAGCAGGGGGGCUGGCCCGGGGAGCUCCUGGCCUCCAGGGAGGUGCAGGACUCCACGGAAAGGAACACGUCCUCGGAGGAGGAUGCGAACGCGGAGCAGGCCCUUCUGCACCUGCCCUUCACCAUGGUGACCGAGCAGAAGCGCCUGGACGACAUCCUCAGGAACCUGUCCCAGCAGCCUGAGGAGCUGCGCGACCUCUACGGCAAGCACCUGGUGGCCCAGCUGGCCCAGGAGAUCUUCCGCAGCCACAUGGAGCACCGGGACAUGUUCCUGAAGCCCUCGGAGCAGAGGGGUCCCCCCGUGGCCAUCCCGCCUCACAAACACGUGUCUGGCUUCAGCAGCUCCCUCAGGGCCUCAUCCUCGGCCGAGGCGGGGGGCGGCCCUCGCCGGCCACACCGCAAGCCCACCAUCCUGCGGAAGAUCUCCGCGGCCCAGCAGCUCUCGGCCUCGGAGGUGGUCACCCACCUCGGACAGACCGUGGCCCUGGCCAGCGGGACGCUGAGUGUGCUUCUGCACUGCGAGGCCAUAGGCAACCCAAGACCUACCAUCAGCUGGGCCAGGAAUGGAGAAGAGGUUCAGUUCGGCGACAG